AUGGCUCCUUCCAUAUCUUUCACGGUAUACACCAGUCCAUUCUGCUACAUUGACUGCACCGAUACUUUCGAUAUCAGCCUUGUACGCAAUGUCGAUUACCACUCGAAACUCACCAUCGACACCAAAAACACCAUCUUUGAUCCCGAAGCGGCUUUUGCAAAAGGCUUGUUCGAAAUCGUCGACGCAGUGACGGGUGAAAGCGUGGACUACGUGCCAUCCGGCACUUCUACUCAAGGGGUUGAACGACUUCUUGUACUAGACCCCGACAAGCUCGACAGUUAUAUCAUGUGGUCGACUCGUCCAGGUACUACAGUUUCGCAUCCCAUGCCCCUCUAUUUCGAUCCAUCAUCGCUCGUAGCGGGGAGAAUGUACACCAUCCGUCUCCGGUCUCACGGCAUUACGACAUGGUACGCUGGUGAGCAUAGUGACCCAGCCAACUUGCCCGAGCCGGAAACAGAGAGCAUACCGCAGCCAUCUCCACCAAUUCCUAGCUACACUUUCAAAGCCCUCGCCACAGUCCCUAAACCUCUGCCUAUCCGCGCAACCAUACACACCUCCACCGACACGAUAUCCGUCUCAGGCAACCCACCCUGCACCAUCACACUUGCAUGGCGUCUAGACACUACUCGCGACAACAUCGCGAGCACACAAGGCAUCGCCGUCCUACGCUCUAUACCCCACGGCCGCAACAAAGCCAGCGUUGAACUUCGCGACCUCAAAACCGGAAAGAAGCGAGGCCCAAUGACAGGCUACAGUCCGCCAGACGCAGACGUAGAGGGUGAAACCGAUCCUUUCCCGCCCAACGAGACUGAAGCGCUCGUUUUCGAAGACAGCGAAACAGUUCAUGAGAGGAGUUAUACCUUAAUAACUGAUCCAGAGGAAGCGGGGAUUUGGGGGUCAGAUACCAGGUUAUUGAAGGUGGGAGAAGAGUAUGGGAGGUAUGGGGUGGGUGUGCUAAAGGGAGAUUGGGCUUGGGUAAGUAGGGAAGAGGUUGGGGAGGAGGUUUGGGGUGAUCAGGAGAGGCUGAGGGGGGAGUUGGGGAAGGUGCCGAUGAGGAAGUGGAGGGCGGAUGAUGUUAAGAUCAUGGGGGUUGUUGAGUAG